UUUAAGUGGGCGCCCAGGGGAGCCGAGGCGAGAGCCUGACGUCACCCGGGCCAUCAGCUGACCGCGCCGGGUUCUGCCCUUCCCAGGCGAAGCGGCGGCUGGGCGAGGAGAAACCCGGCCGAAUCGUCCCUGCGCCGGCUCGGAUUUCGCCCGCCAGGGAGCACCGGCCGUGUCGGGCUGCAGGAGCCGGAGCAGAAGCCGCGCCUGGCCGGCAGCCGCGCCUGGCCGAGCGGAGGAGACGGAGAGGCGAGACCCGGAGCGCGCAGCAACUUUGGCGAGCCGGGGAACCGAGGCAAGUGUGUGCCGGGGACGAAGCUGCCUCGUCGGUCUUGCCCGGGGAGGCUCCCUCGGCUUCUCCGCCGCCGCCGCCGCCUCCUCCUCCUCCUCCGCGGAAGGGCAGCCCGGCGUCCGGGGGAGGCGCGCGGGGCGGCCGCGGCGUGUGCCCGGGGGAGCCGGCUGGCCCAUCCGCGGCGUGGGAGCUCCGAGAGGACGGCCGUCGGGACGGAGGGCGGCGGGUGGCGGCAGCCGGCGAUGCAUCCCUCCGCCGCCGGUGACUCUCCGGCUGCGGGCAAAGCGGCCAAGUAGCCCCGCGGAGCGCGGAUCCAGCCUCGUCGCCCCGCGUCUGCUUUCCACUCUCCCCCCCUCCGGGUCAUGCCUCGCUUCAAGAUCUCCCGAAAGAAAAGGAAAAGUCCUGGCGUCCUGCCCGUCCGGUGCAGCGGCGGUCUCGGGGGGCGAUCGCGGCGGGGCUGUCGGGACGCGCCUCCGGCGAUGAUGCUCCGAGCCCGAGAGAGUCAGCCCUCCGGCCGCCUGCCUUGAGCUGCUCGCCCGCCCGCCCGCCUGCCUGCCGGUCCGUGGCACGGAAGGCGCCGAGAGAGCCUCCGCCGGCCUCGCUUGGGCUCCACCGCCUCGACCGCGGCCGUUUGCUUUCGUCCGUCGGUCCCCGCCGCCGCUCAUCCGAGCCCUCCCUCCUGUCCCCUCGCUGGACCGAUGUCGCCGCUUUGGGGCAACGGCCGAGAUGCCCGCAGCUGCAGCCGCCUCUAUCUAGGCUUCCCCGUUGCGCUUGUCUAGACUCGGAGAUCGCCGGGUGGUCUCCUGCCCACCUCUCUCCUAAGCCCCCCCCCUAACUUCCUGCGCUGGAGAAGUUGCCUGCGCUUCCUAUAACCGUUCAUCUCCCCGCCUGUGCUUGAAAAAAAAAAAACCUUUUCGGCUGCCUAGAUAGGCACUUUCUCUUUUCCUCAAGUGUCUUGGCUUCGUUCUAAGGAAGGAACUGAAAGAACUGAAAAGAUGGGAAAUCCUUCGGGCUGAAACUUGGAGAGCUGCCAAGAGAAAGAAGGACGGGGCUGGCUCGGAAUGGGAGCUUCCAAACUGUCCUCUUUGGGCAUCUCCCUCUUCCAACAUUCCCAAGGGUGCCCGGGGGUUUGUGGCCUUCUCUAACUUCGUCUGUAGGCUCCAUGGAAGUUCUUGGGGAGGACUUGGGAGGCCUCUGGCUUUGAUUCCACUUAACCAGACUUCCGGCGCCUUCCUGCCCGCUCUUCACCUGGAAGCUGAAGGGGAUGCAGUUGGCGAAGCCCUGCCUUGCUGCCGAGGUAUAUCCAGUGCCAAGGAAGGCAUGGGGAGCCCUCUGUCUUCUGCCGCCACUGAUUGACCUUUGAUCCCCCUGCCAAAGAGGUGGGGGGGGGAAACCAGCUGCCUUUCAAUGUGACAGGACCUCCCUCCUCCUGCUCCGACCCCCACCCACGAUGGAGCUGUCCGAGGUACGUUGCUUGAGUGACAGCGAUGAGUUGUACACCAUCAACCAGACGCCCCCUAGUGAUGGGGCCCGCUCCCAACGCCUGCUGUGGCAGACCGCCGUGCGCCAUAUCACGGAGCAGCGCUUCAUUCAAGAACACUGCAGUGGUGGCAAAGCCCUGGGCUCCGAAGAGCCCUGCUGCCCCAAUCACAGCCAUCCGUCCCGGCGCCAGUCCGCGGGCAAGAGCCUCAGUGGCCACAACAACGGGGGCACCAAAGUCUUCCCCGAGCGCAGCAGCAGCGGUGGCGAUCUGGGCUUCCUGCACCUGGAUUGUGCUCCCAGCAACUCCGAUUUCUUCCUGAAUUGGGGUUACACUUACCGGGGUGUGAUCUUCCCCACCUUACGCAACUCCUUCAAGUCUCGGGACCUGGAGCGCCUUUACCAGCGCUACUUCCUGGGCCAGAGGCGGAAGUCGGAAGUGGUGGUGAACAUCUUGGAUGUGCUCACCAAACUGACUCUCCUGUUGCUCCACCUGACCUUGGCCUUGGCCCCCAUGGACCCCGUCAAGGGCAUUCUGCUGGGUUUCUUCACAGGCAUCGAAGUGGUCAUCUGUGCCUUAGUGGUGGUCAGGAAGGACACAACCUCUUACACCUACCUGCAGUACAGUGGUGUGGUCACCUGGGUGGCGAUGGCCACCCAAAUCUUGGCUGCGGGCUUGGGUUGUGGUCUCCUUGGCGAUGGCAUUGGCUACGUGCUCUUCACUCUCUUCGCCACCUACAGCAUGCUCCCUCUGCCCCUCACCUGGGCUAUUUUGGCUGGCUUGGUCACCUCCCUCCUGCAGCUCAUCAUGCAGACCUUCAUCCCCAGACAGGUGGUGAUCUCCAUCUACCAGACAGCAGCUCAGGCGGUUUUAUUUAUGUGCAUGAAUACCGCUGGGAUCUUCAUUAGCUACCUAUCUGAUCGAGCUCAACGCCAAGCCUUUUUAGAAACUCGAAGAUGCGUGGAAGCUCGACUGCGGCUGGAGACCGAAAAUCAGCGGCAGGAGCGGCUGGUUCUGUCUGUGUUACCUCGAUUUGUUGUGCUAGAAAUGAUUAACGACAUGGGCACUGUGGAGGACGAACACUUACAACACCAGUUCCAUAAGAUCUACAUCCACCGUUAUGAAAACGUCAGCAUUCUAUUUGCAGAUGUGAAAGGAUUUACCAAUCUCUCUACAACAUUAUCGGCUCAAGAGCUGGUCCGGAUGCUGAAUGAACUUUUUGCCAGAUUUGAUCGCUUAGCACACGAACAUCACUGCCUCAGAAUUAAGAUCCUGGGAGACUGCUACUACUGUGUAUCUGGGCUUCCAGAGCCUCGGCAGGAUCAUGCUCACUGUUGCGUUGAAAUGGGACUCAGCAUGAUCAAAACCAUCAGGUAUGUUCGGUCAAGGACAAAGCAUGAUGUGGACAUGAGGAUUGGCAUACACUCUGGAUCUGUGCUGUGUGGGGUCCUGGGUCUGCGGAAAUGGCAAUUUGAUGUCUGGUCGUGGGAUGUAGACAUUGCAAACAAACUUGAGUCAGGUGGAAUACCUGGGCGAAUCCACAUAUCCAAAGCAACUUUAGAUUGUCUCAAUGGGGAUUAUAAAGUAGAGGAAGGACAUGGCAAAGAACGCAAUGAAUUUUUGAGGAAGCACAACAUUGAGACCUACCUGAUCAAACAGCCCGAGGAAAGCCUGCUGACUUUACCUGAAGACAUUGUCAAAGAGUCUAUCCCUUCUUCAGACAGGAGAAACAGCGGAGCGACGUUCACGGAAGGAUCAUGGAGCCCUGAGCUUCCAUUUGAUAACAUCGUGGGAAAGCAGCAUUACUCCCAAAUGAGGGACGAGGUGUUCAAGUCAAACUUGGUGUGUGCAUUCAUUGUCCUGGUAUUUAUCACCGCCAUCCAAAGUCUACUUCCUUCUUCGAGAAUGAUCCCGAUGAUUGUCCAGUUUUCGAUUCUAAUUAUAUUACAUUCAGCUCUCGUGCUGAUAACCACUGCAGAGGAUUACAAAUGUUUACCCCUGGUGCUCCGGAAAACUUGCUGCUGGAUUAAUGAGACCUACCUGGCCCGAAAUGUCGUCAUCUUUGCUUCAAUUAUGAUUAAUUUCCUGGGAGCCGUCAUCAAUAUUCUCUGGUGUGACUUGGACAAACAACUGCCUUUUAAGAAUCAAACUUUCAACUCUUCGGUAUAUUUUACAGACAUUUGCUCGUAUCCAGAGUAUUUCGUCUUUACCGGUAUCCUGGCUAUGGUGACCUGUGCCGUGUUUCUUCGUCUCAAUUCGGUCCUCAAGUUGGCCGUGCUGCUCAUCAUGAUUGCAAUCUACUGCUUCCUGACUGAGACCAUUUAUGCUUCCCUGUUUCUCCAGUACGAUGACAUCAAUCAUAAUGGAGACACAGAUUUUCUGGGGACGAAAGAAGCUUCAUUGCUCCUCAUGGCCAUGUUCCUGUUAGCUGUAUUUUAUCACGGCCAACAGCUUGAAUACACAGCAAGGCUUGACUUUCUGUGGCGCGGCCAGGCCAAAGAAGAAAUCAAUGAGAUGAAAGAAUUAAGAGAACAUAACGAAAAUAUGCUACGCAAUAUUCUGCCGAGCCACGUGGCCCGUCACUUCCUGGAAAAGGACCGAGAUAAUGAAGACCUCUACUCUCAGUCCUACGAUGCUGUUGGCGUCAUGUUUGCCUCAAUCCCUGGUUUUGCCGACUUCUAUUCCCAGACCGAAAUGAACAACCAGGGGGUGGAGUGCCUGCGCCUGCUGAAUGAAAUCAUCGCUGACUUUGACGAGUUAUUAGGUGAAGAACGAUUUCAGGAUAUUGAAAAAAUUAAAACCAUUGGAAGCACAUAUAUGGCGGUAUCUGGGCUAUCCCCUGAAAAACAGCAGUGUGAAGAUAAGUGGGGCCAUUUAUGCGCCCUGGCAGAUUUCUCCAUUGCACUGAAUGAAAGCAUUCAAGAGAUUAACAAGCAUUCUUUCAACAACUUCGAGCUCCGCAUUGGUAUCAGUCAUGGCUCGGUUGUAGCUGGGGUCAUUGGUGCUAAGAAACCACAGUAUGAUAUCUGGGGCAAAACUGUUAAUUUAGCUAGCCGAAUGGACAGUACCGGAAUUAGCGGCCGGAUGCAAGUGCCUGAGGAAACCUAUUUGAUCUUGAAGGACCGAGGAUUCGCCUUCGACUAUCGGGGAGAGAUUUACGUCAAGGGCAUCAGCGAGCAAGAAGGCAAAAUCAAAACCUACUUCCUUCUGGGAAGGGUCCAGCCCAACCCUUUGACCUUGCAACCAAGAAAACUAACCGGACAAUAUUCCUUAGCCGCCGUGGUGCUGGGACUCGUGCAAUCUCUCAACAGGCAAAAGCAGAAGCAAAUUUUAAACGAGAACAAUAAUUCAGGCAUCAUUAAGGCUCACUACAACCGGCGGACUUUACUAACUCCGGGCGGAUCCGACUCAACUGUCCAGGCAGAAGCCGCAGACAAGACAGAUUUGCCAUAA